UUGCAGCUUGCACCAGCUACAACCCAACCUACAUUCUCAACAACUGCAGAGUCUACACAUACAGCCCAGACAGCUACUUCAAAAUCUACAGAAGCUAAAAUCUUACCUAAAAUCAAUACCCAAUCCACAAUUACUGCACCGCAGCGUGCACCAGCUACAACCCAACCUACAUUCUCAACAACUGCUCAGUCUAUACAUACAGCCCAGACAGCCACUUACCGAUCUACAGAAGCUGAAAUCCAAACUACAAUCAAUACCCAAUCCACAAUUACUGCCUCGCAGCUUCCACCAACUACAACCCAACCUACAUUCUCAACAACUGCUCAGUCUACACAUACAGCCCAGACAGCUACUUCACAAUCUACAGAAGCUGAAAUCCUACCUACAAUCAAUACCCAAUCCACAAUUACUGCACCGCAGCUUGCACCAGCUACAACUCAACCUACAUUCUCAACAACUGCUCAGUCUACACAUACAGCCCAGACAGCUACUUCACAAUCUACAGAAGCUAAAAUCUUACCUAAAAUCAAUACCCAAUCCACAAUUACUGCACCGCAGCGUGCACCAGCUACAACCCAACCUACAUUCUCAACAACUGCUCAGUCUACACAUACAGCCCAGACAGCCACUUACCGAUCUACAGAAGCUGAAAUCCAAACCACAAUCAAUACCCAAUCCACAAUUACUGCCUCGCAGCUUGCACCAGCUACAACCCAACCUACAUUCUCAACAACUGCUCAGUCUACACAUAUAGCCCAGACAGCUACUUCACAAUCUACAGAAGCUAAAAUCUUACCUAAAAUCAAUACCCAAUCCACAAUUACUGCAACGCAGCGUGUACCAGCUACAACCCAACCUACAUUCUCAACAACUGCUCAGUCUACACAUACAGCCCAGACAGCCACUUACCGAUCUACAGAAGCUGAAAUUCAAACUACAAGCAAUGUACAAUCCACAAUUACUGCAUUGCAGCUUGCACCAGCUACAACCCAUCCUUCAUUCUCAACAACUGCCCAACCUACACAUAAAGCACAGACAGCUACUUCACAAUCUACAGAAGCUGAAAUCCUACCUACAAUCAAUACCCAAUCCACAAUUACUGCACCGCAGCUUGCACCAGCUACAACCCAACCUACAUUCUCAACAACUGCUCAGUCUAUACAUACAGCCCAGACAGCUACUUCACAAUCUAUAGAAGCUGAAAUCCAACCUACAAUGAAUGCCCAAUCCACAAUUACUGCACAACAACUUGCAACAGCUACAAUUCAAACUACAUUCUCAACAACUUCACAACCUACACAAACUGCACAAACUGAACUCCCACCUAUUACUAAAGCUGUACCUCAACCAAACUCAGAAUUAACUCAGAGUACAAAAACAGCUGCAAUCCAGUCAACAAUUAUAACCCAAUCAGCAUUUACCACAACUGCUCACAGUACCAACAGAGUCAAGACCACAACUGUAUCCCAACCUAUAUCAACAGCCCUGUCAACAACAUCAAACCCUACAAGUGAAACUACAACUCGCACUACAAUAACAAUGCAACCAACAACACACUUAGCCCAACCUACCAGUACAAUCCAAGCAGCAUUUGUAUCUGCAAACAAAUCUACAACUACAACCCAGACUACAACUCACCUUACAAUCCCACCCAACACAAUUAACACUCAGUCAACAGCUACAACCACAUCCCAACAAAUGUAUAUCAAACCAGCUUUUACAAACCAAAUAAGCACACAUCUUUCAAUCGUAACCACCCAGCUUACAUCUGCUGCAACUCAACCUACAACAAAUGCAAUCCAGCCAUCAAAUUUACCCUUGUUCCCAGCGUCAACUGUAACCCAACCAAUGCUUACAAUUACAUCCAAGCCUACUGCUACAUCACCAUCUUUAGCUAAUACAGUCCAACCUAUAACAACAACUACCCUAGUUACAAUGGCUUCAACCCAGCCUGCAACUUCACCUAUACCAGCACCUACAUCUGAACCAAAAACAACUGCGGCCAACCUUAUAUCAAAAAUUAAUACCUUAACUGCCAGACCAACCCACCUUGCCAGCACAACAACAACAUCCUCACCUUUACUUGAAACAACAGCACCCCUCACAACUACAGUGGAAGUCAGAUUUUCCAGCUCAGAAACAUUUGACCCUUUACUCUCUGACAGAAACUCAGAUCUCUAUAAAAAACGAGAACAAAGAGUCAAAAAUGAGUUUCAUCCAAUCUUUAAAAAAGUAUUCCACUUCUUCUUUGGAUUGACAGUGAUUAGGUUCAGUUCUGGAUCAGUCAUUACAUAUAUAAAUUUGCAAUUUAAUAAAAACAGUAUCUUGCCGAGUGACAAUGAGAUCAUAAGCACUAUUAUCAAUGCUACUACCACAUUUAAUAUCACCAGUGCAGAAGUGGUCACUGUAUUGACCACUACAGUCAAGCCAACCACCACACCAACAACAAAAGCCAAAACCACCACGCCAACAACAAAAGCCACAAGCACCACGCCAACAACAAAAGCCACAAGCACCACGCCAACAACAAAAGCCACAAGCACCACGCCAACAACAAAAGCCACAAGCACCACGCCAACAACAAAAGCCAAAACCACCAUGCCAACAACAAAAGCCAAAACCACCACGGCAACAACAAAAGCCACAACCACCAUGCUAACAACAACAACCACAACAACAAAAGCCACAACAACCACACCAAAAGCAAAAGCCACAACCACCACAACCACCACAACAACAACAACAGCAGUUCCUACACGCCCUCCACCAGUUGUAACUAUAGAGUUGGUCAUUUUAAUAGUAUUUACUACAGACCUUCAAAACACGCAGAGUGCAGCAUUUAAGAACCUAGCAGAAAAAGUUCAAAAUGAGUGUGACAAAGUAUACAAACAGAAGUAUGGAAAUCUUUUCAUUAGGACAGUUGUGAUUGCUUUCAGAGCUUUUGCCAGAACCCGUGCAGAAGAAAAUGUACAGGCAGAGCUUGAAUUAGUGUUUAGUCAAACAUCCACUGAACCGAUUCCCAGCAACAGCGACAUUGUUCAGACACUAAAAGAAGCAGCUGCGACCCCAACGUCGGGCUUUAACCUCACCAUUGAUGUCACCUCUAUUGUUGUCAUUAAAUCAGUGAAGAUAAUUCCACUGAUAAUCCUCACCAACGGAACCUUUGUGGCUGCGCUUACAAAUAAAAGUUCUACUGAAUUUGUGAUCUGGUCCUUGCUGAUAAAAACAGGGCUUGAACCUUUCUUCUUUGCUGAUUACCCUACAUCAUUCAGCACUUUAUCCUUAACAAAUGUCAGUGAAGCCAGAGUCAAGUCAAGGAGUGUUCCCACGCUCCGAAACAGCAUGGAUCUUACAUUCGGAGCAGACGCUGUUUUACCCAGUAGCACCCAGAUAGUGAACACUGUAGUUCGAGCAGCCAGAAACAACACGUUACCCUUCCAGAUCUUCACUUUUUCAAUUGUGGUAAAUGGUACAGAAUAUUCAUCAGGUGAAGUCAGCAGCAGGAUCAGUGUGUUGACCGCUUCAGUCCUGGUUGCUGUGUCGCUUCUGGUUCAACGGUUUAACUGACCAUAACCAGUCAUAUAAUCACAUAAUCAAAAUAAUGGAUUCAGACGGGUCUGCUCAAAUAAAAGACUCAUACAUGUAACCGCGACCCUGCCAUGGAUCAGCUCUGGCUCUGUACCUUCAGAACAGGCUAAAUCAUCUCUAGUAAUGAAAGCGCAUUCAGUUAUUUAUUCUAAAAACUUUAAAUCAUAUUGUCAUUGGUUUCUUUUGUGGUCAAUGUAAUCUGCAAAUUAACGCGUUACUUUAAUGUCAUUUAUUUAUUUUUUGUUAAUUCUGUACAUCAUGGUUGUAAUUGGAUCAGUAAAACAAUAGCGUGGGUACAACUUUAGAGUGUAUAAAAGUAUAUUAUAAGCUAUAUGUCAACUGAAUGCUAUAAUAAUACAGUAUAUAUAUAUAUAUUACACCAACAUAUAGCACUGUUGCACUUCUCCAUCCUGAGUCCUGACUCAUGAAACUUUAUUGUAAAUCUGCUGGAAUGCAUUGCAUAUUUAUUGAUCUAUACAUUUAUUGAUCUAUGGUCAAUAAAGUUAAUCUUAACUUGUUAGUCUUAAA